AUGUUUAGUUGGAUAUUUGAUACUUAUGGAAACAUGUUUGUUGGUGAAUGGAUGAAUCAUCGAGUUGUAAAAUUUGACUUACAGAAAGAUUCUUGUUCUAAUGUUCCACCAACGAUUCAAGCGGUACAUUCAUCGAUCUUAACAGACAAUCAUCCAACGUUUUCACGUACUAAAUUACAUCCUUCAAAUUAUUAUUAUGAAGCUAUAGAAGUGGUUGUAAAUAACAAUAGCUUCUAUAUCCUUACUGCUAAUAGUAGCGCUGAUCUCUAUGGUCAUGUAUAUAAACAUCAUUUUGAUCGACUUACUCCUAUGCAAAACCUAAUUGCAUGGCAUGGCAAAUGUUGUAAUAAGGAUCAGUUUAAAUUUACGCUUGAACUUUUAAGCAAUGAAACGUAUAUCUUAGUUGUAACAACGUACAAUCCAAACGUAACAGGCCCAUUCUCAAUCACCAUAUUUGGGUCGAAUCAAGUUCAUCUUAAAAACAUAAGUGAGUAA